CAAAAACAACAUGUGAAAUUCCAGAAAGUACAACGCUAAAUUUCAAUUACGGCCCAUAAAUCGAUUGUCAGUGAAUCAAAAUCUCAAUCCGAAGUUUCAAUUGUCCGUUUUCGAUUAUCGCAGGUUGAAUUUUUGUAUUCUCCCGACAAGGGCAUAAAAAAUUCCAGAUGUCGGUGCUCAAUCAACUUUUUAACAGAGGGCUUCUCGGACCAAAAUGUAAAACAUGCUUAACAUUGGCAAUAUCGCGGAUCAAGUUGUUGCAAAACAAGAGAGAUUUGCAGACGAAGCUUAUGAGAAAGGAAAUCGCAGACUUUCUGCUUGCCGGCCAAGAAGCCAUUGCUCGAAUUAGGGUUGAGCAUGUUAUACGAGAACAGAACACUUGGGAGGCGUACGAGAUAUUGGAGUUGUUCUGCGAAUUCGUUCUUGCCCGUGUACCUAUUCUCGAAAGCCAGAGGGAAUGCCCUACGGAGUUGAGGGAAGCAGUUGCGAGCAUAAUAUUUUCAGCUCCAAGAUGUUCGGAUUUGCCAGAUUUAUUGCAUGUCAGGAAUUUAUUCGCUGCAAAAUAUGGGAAAGAGUUUAUAGCUGCUGCAUCUGAGCUUCGCCCCGAUGCCAGAGUCAACCGUACAAUAAUUGAAAAGCUUUCGGUGAGUGCUCCACCUACAGAUGUAAAGAUUAAAGUACUAAAGGAAAUUGCACGUGAAUAUAACAUCGAUUGGGAUUCGACCGAAACUGAAACUGAACUCAGCAAAAAACCCGAGGAUCUUUUGAAUGGACCGAAACAAAUAGCUGUACAACCUCAGACACAAUCGAGGCUGAAUUCGACUGCUAAGUCUUCUUUGAUUGGUAAAAAAGGACAACAAAACUCGGAAUAUUCUCCCACUUAUACCAGCAGCAGUCCUCGUGUGGGUCCCACAUUAACAGAAUCAUCGAAUGUGAAACCGAUAGCCGAGAUCCAGAGCAUAAGUUGGGAAUCGUCUGAUGCAAUGCAAAGGGCUCGCACUGCCAUUGCUGCAGCAGAUCGUGCCUCUGCUGCUGCACGCGCUGCUGCUCAGUUGGUAAAUUUCAAAUUAAACGAUCAGAAAAUUUAAGAUAUAUAUAUUUUCAAAUUAAAUUUUUUUUCCAACUUUUGUUUGGACGAGGUUUUUUUUUAUUGAGAAAACAACUAAAACAAUUAAUUAAUGGUGUAUAUUUAAUUAUUUAUUAGUCGAUUUUCUUAAUAUAUAUGUGUGUCGAAAUCUUAAACGACAAAUAAUUUGAAACACGGAGAAACGUAGUUUCCGAAAUAUAAAGGCAGACAAAGUUACACGUGAA